AGACCUCGCGAGAAGCGCCGCGAUCACAGCAACAAGACAACCAAAAUAAAGUGAGCACAACAAACCCGUAGCGCAUGAUGGCGGCGUCUCUGCUGCGCCGGGACAAGAAAUCCACCGCCGCCCAUCUGAAGGCAGACCUCAAGCGGACUGACAACAGUUCAGGCUUGCGGCAGCUGCAGGAACUGCUGGAUAGCGUACUGAACCCGGAGCGGGGCUCGGACCCGGAGGCGCUGGACUGGUGUAAAUGGCUGCUGGCCGGAGGGGACGGUUUCGACGAGUUCUGCCGGACCGUCCGAUCCUACGAUAACGCCACCCUCUGCGGGCUGGUGUGGACUGCCAACUUCGUGGCCUACCGUUGCCGGACUUGCGGCAUUUCCCCGUGCAUGUCGUUAUGCGCGGAGUGCUUCAAUAACGGCGACCACACGGGCCAUGAUUUUAACAUGUUCCGGAGUCAGGCCGGCGGGGCCUGUGACUGCGGGGACGGGAACGUGAUGAGAGAGAGCGGGUUUUGUAACAGACAUCGAUUAAAAACAGGAGAGAACGUUCCAUCAGUCCCUCGAGAUCUGCUGCUCAUGUCUGAAAUGGUGCUGCCGCGGUUUAUCAUCACUAUCAUUCAAUAUCUGAGAGACGGCUACACUGAACCAGAGUCGGCCGCUGACAGAGAUCUUCAGAAGGUUCUGCAGCAGUUGGAUCCACACAUCUCCUUCUUAGAAGAGCUCACCAAGAUGGGCGGAGCCAUGCGCACCGUUCUCACCAAGAUCUUAACCGAUCAGCAGACCUUUAAAGAGCUCAGCAUGGGUCAAGAGGAUAAUGUUUAUGCAAAGAAGAACUAUGAGAAGUAUUUGUCGGCAUUGAAGAGCUCAGGUCUGGUGUCAGUGGAGGAGAAAGGAGCCGCUGGAGGAGCUGGAGACGGGACAUCAGAUGCUGCAGCAGGGGCAGGAGCGCUCAGUCUACUGGGAGCCACUGCUACUGCUAGUCUGGAUGACUCCAGCAAAGAGGAGGAUCAGGAUGGGCUGCAGGGUGUGGGUCAGAGGAAAAGAGUGAAGCUCAGUAGCAGUACCAAAGAUCCAUCCAUAAUGGACACGCUGAAACAUAAAUGCUUUUUAGAAGAGUUACUGUUUUGGACUAUUAAGUAUGAAUUUCCACAGAAGAUGGUGACGUUUUUGCUCAACAUGUUGCCAGAUCAGGAUUACAAGAUCACCUUCACUAAAACAUUCGUACAACACUAUGCCUUCAUCAUGAAGACCCUCAUGAAGAGUCACGAGUCAGACACCAUGUCCAACCGCAUCGUGCACAUCAGCGUGCAGCUCUUCAGCAACGAGGAGCUGGCCAGACACGUCACAGAGGAGUGCCAGCUACUGGACAUCAUGGUCACCGUUCUCCUCUACAUGAUGGAGAGCUGCCUUAUCAAGAGCGAACUGCAAGAUGAGGAGAAUAAUCGUCAUGUGGUGGUGAACUGUGGCGAAGCUCUGCUGAAGAAUAACACCUACUGGCCUUUAGUUAGUGAUUUUAUUAAUAUCCUAUCACACCAAAGUGUGGCCAAGCGCUUCCUGGAGGAUCAUUCUCUGCUGCUGCUCUGGAUGAGUUUUGUCUCCUUCUUUCAAGGAAUGAAUCUGAAUAAGCGGGAGCUGAAUGAGCACGUGGAGUUUGAGUCUCAGACAUAUUACGCAGCGUUUGCUGCUGAACUGGAGGCCUGCGCUCAGCCCAUGUGGGGUCUCCUCACACACUGCAAAGUUAAAGAGACCCAAGACUACACUAAGACAGUGGUGCGGUACUGUCUGGAAACUCUUCAGAUGUGGUUUGAUGCCAUUGGGUUUGUAGAUGAGCCUUCCCUCAACCAGCUGACGUUUCAUUUACCUCUUCACCGAUACUACGCCAUGUUCCUCAGCAAGGGAGUGAAGUGUCAAGGUCUGGAUUUAGACAGUUUGCUUCCUGAUCAGGAGAUGCUGAUGAAGAUCAUGGUUCACCCCCUACAGAUUCAGGCUAGCCUGUCUGAGAUCCAUAGUAACAUGUGGGUGAGAAAUGGGCUGCAGAUUAAAGGUCAGGCCAUGACCUAUGUCCAGUCUCACUUCUGCAACUCCAUGAUUGAUCCGGACAUCUACCUCCUGCAGGUGUGCGCUUCUAGACUGGAUCCAGAUUACUUCAUUUCCUCAGUCUUCGAGAGGUUCAAGGUGGUGGAUCUGCUGACGAUGGCGUCUCAACAUCAGAACGCAGUGCUGGACUCUGAACAAGAGAGGCCCAUGCUGGAGGGGGCGCUCACCUUCUUGGUCAUACUGUGCAGUCUCAGGAUACACUUAGGAAUGUCUGACGAUGAGAUUUUGAGAGCCGAGAUGGUGUCACAGUUGUGUAUGAAUGAUCGUACCCACAGCUCUCUGCUGGAUCUUAUCCCUGAGAACCCGAACCCUAAGAGCGGUGUGGUGCCGGGCAGCUGUAGUUUUGAGGAGAUGCUGUCUGGUGUAGCGGAUUUUAAAGCCCCUGUGUUUGAGCCUGGAGGAUCCAUGCAGCAGGGCAUGUACACACCUAAAGCGGAGGUUUGGGAAAAAGAGUUUGACCCUAUAAUGGUGAUUCUACGCACCGUUUACCGCAGAGACGUGCAGUCGGCCAUGGAUCGAUACUCAGCAUUUUUGAAACAGUCAGGCGUUCACACAGGGAACCCUUGGCCACCCUAUAAGGAGAGGACUCCUUUGCAUCCCUGCUAUAAAGGACUGGUGCGCCUGCUGCACUGCAAAACCUUACAUAUCGUCAUCUUUACACUGCUUUAUAAGAUAUGGAUGGAUCAUCAGAACAUGUCUGAGCAUGUGUUGUGUAUGGUGCUGUACCUGAUAGAGCUUGGACUUGAUAAUCAGGUCCAGGAUGACAAAGUGGAAGAGGAGCCCUGUAUCGAGGAGCACUGCCACGACAGCUGGUUCCCGGGCACCAGCCUGCUGUCUAACCUCCAUCACGUCAUCAACUUUGUGCGGGUUCGAGUGCCGGAGACGGCUCCGGAGGUGGAGAGGAAGCGAGAGAGGGAACGAGAGAGAGAAACUCCACCCAGCACCAGUUCAGAGAGCGCCACCUUUGGUCAGAGCUCCAGAAGGCUUACAGGAAAUUGGAGAGAGAAUCUGCGUGAAGCUCAGGUGUUCAGUCUGGUGGCGGAGCGCAGGAGAAAGUUCCAGGAGAUCAUCAACCGCAGCAACCAUGAGGCCAGUCAGGCAGUGCGCCCCAAGUCCUCAGCGUCCCGCUGGCUUCCACCGGGAACGCCUCCACAGCUGGUGACCGAGAUCCUGGAGAUACGCGAGAGCAUGCUGUCGCUGCUGGUUAAACUGCACCAGAAACUGUCGGCCAAGCAGAACUCUCUGUCUCUGAGCUGGUUGGCCGAGGUGGAUCCUGCCCAUCAUGCGCACGGAGACGGUUUAACGGCCAUCGAAAGAAUCUUAGCCAAAGCUUCAGCUCGAAGCAGACACAGUAAAAGAUGCCUACAGGAGAUCUGCGGGAAAGUGUGUCCACCCAUACCGCCAAAGAAGAUCAGUCCUGGAGAUAAGAAGAGCAUGGACAAGGAGGAGAGGCGUCAGCGCGCCAGAGAGAGGCAGCAGAAGCUGCUGGCGGAGUUUGCCUCCAGGCAGAAGAGCUUCAUGGAGACUGCCAUGGAUGUUGAGUCCCCUGAAGCAGAUGCUGUAAUGGACGUCAGCUCUGAGGAAUCUUUGGACUCUGAGGUUCUCUAUGACUGUGUGAUCUGUGGUCAGAGUGGACCGUCCACUGAAGACAGACCCACAGGACUGGUGGUUCUGCUGCAGGCUUCGUCAGUUUUGGGUCACCGUUGUCGUAGUGACAUGCCAAAGCGAUUGCCCACCACAGACGAAGAACACAUCUACCCUGAGGACACAUGUGGAGCCACACACGAUGUCAGGCUGUCCCUUAUGCAACGCUAUUUUAAAGAUAGUUCCUGUCUGCAGUCUGUGUCUAUUGGCUGGGACGGAGGGGUGUAUGUGCAGACGUGUGGCCACACUCUGCAUAUAGACUGUCACAAGUCCUACAUGGAGUCCUUACGGAAUGAUCAGGUUCUUCAGGGGAUUUCUGUGGAUAAAGGCGAGUUCACUUGUCCGCUUUGCCGCCAGUUUGCAAACAGUGUUUUACCUUGUCGUCCUGGACGAGGGAUGGAAACCGGAGCCUGGCACGCACCCAGUACCAAGAGCAUGUCUACACUGGUGAAAGAAGUAGAAGACCUCCAGGAGCAGCUGGGCAUUUUCCCAGUAAGAGCCAGCAUAAAGCAAAGAGAUCCCAUUCUGAUCGAGUCAAACCUGAGUAAAGAGAUGGAAUCUGUUAUAAAGGACAUUAAAAACACCACACAGAAGAAAUACAUGGAUUAUGGGAAGAACCCUGGGUCACCUGACAAUGACUUCCUCUUCAUGUACUCCGUGGCCAGAACAAAUCUGGAGCUUGAGUUGGUUCAUCGUGGUGGGAAUCUAUGCAGUGGAGGGGCCAGUGCAGCUGCCAAACGCUCCUGUCUCAAUCAGCUGUUUCACGUGCUGGCCAUGCACAUGCGGCUCUACAGCAUAGACUCGGCAUACAAUCCAUGGACCAGACUCACACUGAGCACGCAAAGCAGAGAGAAUGAGUACUGUGAUGAAGAGCGUCCUGAGGUUCCCAUGCUUUUCCGAGACGUCCCAUCCCUCCUAAUCAUCUUCAUCCUCACCAUGCCUCAGCCUUUACGCAAAGAGCACUUCACGUGUGUGGUGAAGGUGUUGUACAGUCUGCAGUUCACACAGGCUCUGGCUGCGCUCUCCAUCAGGUUCAGCCGUGAGGAGAGACUCGCCUGGAGCAACACUGGAGCUGCCAAGAAGAACCUGCCAAACUCUGACAAAUCAUGGGAGUCCCUCCUGGGUCACAUGAUCUCCGAGCUGACGAAGGCCAAAGACGUGUAUGACACCAACUCUGAGGAAACAUCCGCUUUGAGCUCCAGUGUUUGGUCUCCUCAGUCCAUUGAGUUCAGGCUCCAGCAGUUCUGUCUGCCCUUCCUGAGACUCUCCUGUUUACUGCAGCACCACCUGUAUGGAGACAGCUUACCCGGCUGCCUGGUGGAGGAGGAGUUCUCUCUGCUGACGCGCUGUCUGGGUUUAGCUGCUUCUGUUCAGUGCAGUGGAUCCAUGAGCAGCGCAGCGUGUCUGGAGUGGAACAUCAGUGCUUUUGACUUGAUCAGUCAGUGGUGCUCAGAAGUCGUCGCUCUGUCCGACACGCCCUCCCAGCAGUCUGCGUCUCUGUUAGGUCAGGACCCGCAGUGGGCUGCUCCUCGUCUCCUGCAGCUUCCCGACAAUUACAACACCAUCUUCCAGUACUACCACAGGAAAUCCUGCAGCAGCUGCGGAAAGACCCCCAAAGACCCUGCGCUGUGCCUGGUGUGCGGCGCGUUCGUCUGCCUGAAGGGUCAUUGCUGUAAGCAGCAGGGCGUCUGCGAGUGUGUGCUGCACUCCCAGCACUGCGGAGCGGCGACUGGUAUCUUCCUCCUGAUAAACGCAUCCGUCAUCAUUAUCAUCCGAGGGCAUCGCUUCUGCCUGUGGGGGUCUGUGUAUCUGGAUGCUCACGGAGAGGAAGACCGAGACCUACGUCGAGGAAAGCCUCUGUAUUUGUGCGAGGAGAGAUAUCGUGUUCUGGAGCAGCAGUGGGUCGCUCACACCUUCGACCACAUCAACAAGCGCUGGGGUCCUCAUUACAACGGACUUUAACAGGACGCCACUAAUGCAGUGUAAUAUAAAGGAAACGCAUUGAGUUGGUCACAGCCUGGGUUCAUGUGAAGUUUAGUGUACAAUCAAGCCUAAUGACUAACAGUGUGUGUGUGUGUGCGUGUGUGUGUUUAAGUGAAUUUUGUGUGUGGAUUUAUAGGGGAGAUGUUGAUUUUGUCUCAUGGCGAAAGCACAUCGAGUGAGUCUGUGUCAAGACACAAAUGCAGGAAUACUCCCAUGUCAUGGUUGGAAAACUGACAUAGUUUUUGAGGAGAGAGACUUUUGAGAGCUAGACGAACGCAUAGAAAUCAAAUCAUGUUCACACAUCGGGAUUUCUCUCGGCUUAAACAUCUCAUUGGAUCGACUGUGUGAGAUGAAAUAUCAGCAGAUAAACGCCAAACAAGAACUCGAGGUGUAGUUUCAGUCAUCCUCAGGAAUUUUACUUUAUAAUUAUUAUUAUAGAUUUUUUGUUGUGGUCUCAGAUUUUAAUAUUUAAAGUGCUGCUAUUGUUUGAAGAAAAAAAAGUAAAUUAUACCUUUGUAAAAAAAAGAAAAUCAUCUUUACAUUUUCGUUCUCUCUUUUUCUUAAUGAAGGCUGUUGGAUGGUGGCUCGCUGGCAUGUUGGGUUUAUUAUAAAAAUAUUCUCCUCUGAA